AGCCCACAACCAAAAACAACCCAGACAACCACCAAAAGAGCCCACAACCAACAACAACCCAACAACUACCACAAAAAGCCCACAACCAAAACAACCCAGACAACCACCACAAAGAGCCCACAACAAACAACAACCCAGACAACCACCACAAAGAACCCACAACCAACAACAACCCAGACAACCAUCACAACGAGCCCACAACCAACAACAACCCAGACAACCUCCACAACGAGCCCACAACCAACAACAACCCAGACAACCACCACAAAUAGCCCACAACCAACAACAACCCAGAAAACCUCCACAACGAGCCCACGACCAACAACAACCCAGACAACCUCCACAGAGAGCCCACAACCAACAACAACCCAGAAAACCUCCACAAAGAUCCCACGACCAACAACAACCCAGACAACCUCCACAGAGAGCCCACAACCAACAACAACCCAGACAACCACCACAAAAACCCCACAACCAAUAACAACCCAGAAAACCUCCACAACGAGCCCACAACCAACAACAACCCAGACAACCACCACAAAGAGCCCACAACCAACAACAACCCAGACCUCCACAACGAGCCCACAACCAACAACAACCCAGACAACCACCACAAAGAGCCCACAACCAACAACAACCAGACAACACCUCAACAAGGAAAACAAGUACAACCAGUCCUCCCCCGGAAAUAUCAAAAGUAACCACAUCCCCAGCACUGUGCAAUCUGGACAAACUGAUGUCCAAGUUUAA